AUGUUAUUACACGACGAAGAUGGAUACACAUCAAAACGAAGAAUUAGCAUCACCGACUUGCCUAGAGAAAUGAUCAGAUUGAUCGCACUGAGGAUAUAUGAUCCAUUGGAGCUUACCCAACAGGAUCGCACAACAUGGGGCAUAUUUUCAACAGUGGAUAUGCAUCAAGAACGUCAAGAUGAUCUGGCUUCACUCAUCUCAUUAGGUACGGUGUGUAGGAAGAUAAGGAGGGAAGUGAGAAGGGUGCUAUUUACAUGCGUAAGGGUUUCAGGAGUAAGUUGGGCAGAAGAGGUCAUAGAGAAUAGAGAUGGAUGGGCAAAGUAUGUCAAGAGCAUCAUCAUCGACCUGACGAUGUUUGAUUCUGAUUUCGACGCUUCCACUCGACCACGACUUUCAUUCUCUGAAUAUCAUCCACCUGUAUCCACAAUGUCAUCCACGACCGAGAUGAUGAAAAAACCUAGGACAUGUUGGGCAGAAUCAUCUUUGCUGACAGCGUUACUCAAUUCGUUGCCUAAUUUGAAUCACAUGUCAUUCUUUGCGGACGCAUCUGAUGAUUCAACAUUAGCUUUAUUAUUCGCAUCACUCAUUACUCAUCCAUCAUCACAUUCAGUUCCACCGACUGUGAUAUCCACUUCACCCGCAAUAUCAACGAUAUCCGGUUCCGGUUCAGGUAGAUAUCCUCUGACACCUUUCAUUCCACUUCCACAUCGACUGAAAUCAUUUGGAUGGAGACAAAGAGCUGCACCACCUUCAAAUUUUAGACAAUUCAGUCAAUCUUCAACUUUUGUCUCUACGUUACAUCUACUUCGACAUGCCCAUAACUUAUCAUUCUUAGUACUAGAUGCGGAUAUGGACGAAAUGACACUAUCGGAUGUACUGUCGCCUCUGAGAGAACUGGCUUUACGUCAACCUCCAAUGGGAGAAAAAGCUGAAAAUGUCAGUUUAAUGCUUUGUGGUCCAAUCAAAGGUUGGGAAAAUGGUUUCUUGAGGAGCUUGGUCAACACGUUCGAAGGUAUCAAGGAACUUUUUGUGGAUAGACCAUUGAGAAAAUCUACAGAGGUAAAGGAGACUAGCUUCGAGGAUUUCACCGACCUUCUUGGACCUCUAUCUUCGUUACCCCAUCUUCGACUCUUGCAAGUUGGUUCAUACACCUUCACGACAUCACUUCAAGCAUCCAUCGUGCGUCAUCUGUCACGAUCUAUACAGUCUUUACUGGUAGUUGGGUUACUAGGAGAAGAAGGUGAAACUACCUGGUGGGGAAUAUGGAGAAGAGCCUCUUCACGUGGUAUGAUGUUUGCAGCAUCAACAGAAGAAGGUGAAGGGGAAUAUGAUGAAUCAUCGGAUAUAAGGAUCAAAUUCUUGAAUGACGGCGAAUUGAAAUUGUUAGAAGAAGAAAUUCAAGAAUGGAAAAAAUCACAACCUCCUACACCACCCACCUCAGCUCCAAUCAUACAAGAUAGAGCGCUGAAAAAUGUCAAUGAUGACGCUGAUGUCUACGAUGACAUCGACGUCGAUAAUGAUUCAGAUAUAAGGAUGAGUACACCAAGACAUACUCAAUCACCAAUCGCUGGUCCUAAAGAAGUUGAAAGGAAUCAAGCAUUAGGUUUGAGUCUGGAAGGUGAUGCCGGCAGUUCCGAAGAAAGACCGAGCAAGAUGAGUCUGAAAAGGUUAUUGAGUUAUUAG